UCUUCACUUUCACAUUCCACCCGUGGCCGGUAUUUGCUCACCAUUGAAAAUUUUCUAAUUUGCUAAUAUUAUUGCAGUAAAAUAAGAUUUGCAAUAAAAUUUAAAAAAUCUGCUGCAAUCAAUAUAAAUUGGCCAUUAUUCGUUUGUGUGCCAUUAUUUAUUAAAUAUACCAUAAUACGUGUAAUUGAAAUCAAAGCAAUACUUGGCAGAAGUAGCCAGUGCGAAAAAUCAAUUGAAAGCUGAUAACUUGCUUGGGGUUUUGAAUUGAUUAAAAUUUUCGAUAUGUCUGCAUCAGGUGAUUGUUUUGUCGUGCAAUCUCCAAAUACAGCAGAAAAUACUAUAAUUUUUGGACGAAAUGCUUUAGAUGCAGAUGCUAUAACAGAAACACAAGAGGUGCAAUACUACAACGCUAAUGCCGCACUUGAGGGGAAGCCCGACGGUGGUGCCGAUGUGGUUAAAGCGAAUGGUGAAAUUUUGCGUAUGAUAUUGCAAAAGUCACGUUCAGGCAUUUGGGGUGGUGACGUGGGCGCUAAUGACCGCAACGUGUGUAUUGCAGUUUCCUGGUCAGCAGAGGAGCCUGCUAACGACAGCGACACUGUCACGUCAACUGAUAUUGUGCGUUUGACUUUGGCUAUUGCCAAAACCGCUGUUGACGCAGUGGAACGUAUUGGCGGUUUGGUAACUAACCAUGGAUCCGAUAAUGCAAAAUUUAGUUUUGUGGUCUGUGAUACGAAAGAUGUGUGGUUAGUGAGCAGCGGUGGUAAGUUAUGGGCUGCACAUCGAGUGGCAGACGGUUUCCUGCGUAUAACAAGUAAAGGACUCAGCGUAAAAACGGUGAUUGAUAAAUCAAGUGAUGAGUUAGGUGAAGCACUCAAAACGCUGGGACUCUGGGAUGGCGAGGGUGAAUUAAAUUUCGCCGCUUGUUUCGGCGCAGCCGAUGCCGCGGACGUUGAAUGGAGCGGUGAAGCACCUAACGAAGAUGGUAGCUACACUUUGACUAGCAUGUUUGAUACACUACGUUCGGCGGCUGAUACCGCAACGGCACGUUCGGCUAAUGUCUCUGUGCUUACAACUGGCAUUUCAUGCCAUUGGUUUACGGCGACACCCAAUGCCACGGAAUCAGUUUUUAAACCAUUCGUUUUUGCACCUAAUCCCAAAAUUUCACCGCUCACCAAAGUGCCACCGGAUAACACACACACACUCUUGCAUAAACUCCAUGCUCAACGCAAACCGGCUGCUGUAGAGGAUUUGAAAGCUCUGGAGGCGGCAUGCGUUGAAGAGUUAAAUACUUAUUUGGCGGAACAUCCAACUGCUGACGAGGAGUUGGACGAAUUAAUGAAAGACUGUGUGGAAGCUGAGGUUAAGUUUUACCGUUAAACAGGGAAAAACAAUAAGCGCAAACAUAAACGUUAAUAGUAUUUCGUAAAUUAUAAGCUGAAGACAUUUAUUAGCCUUUUAAAAUAACGGAUUUUCUAUUAUAAAGCUAAAUAUGCAUUUCUUAAGUGAUAUUUUUUUGUUUAUUUUGAUACGAAUUUAAUUUAUUUGCAAUUUACUUGUUUUUAUAUGUUUGUCAUUCCUAAUUUUAAGACGAAAUGUGUGAUUUUUCCAUGACUAUUUUAUUAUACACGUAUAUAUAAGUAUAUUAUUCAUGUAUUAAGGUAAAGAUUACUGAUUUCUCUGACUGUAAAUUUAAGAACAAGAUUAUAAAAGCCGCGACUUCUUAUGUUAAAGUUAUAUUUUUUAUAUAUGCAUUAUUUAAAAUGCUUUUAGUUUUGCGAUAAACAUAAAGAUGCUUGCAUACAUUCAUUCGAUAAGUAUUAUUUCCUUUUUUCAUAUAAAUGUGUAUUUAUAAGAAUAACGAGGCACUUAACAUUCAGCACAAUAAGCUUGCAACGUAACGUUUGUGACGAAGAUUAACGAGAGUAUAUGUAAAAUUAUAAAGCAUGCUAUGAUUUAAGCUCAUCCACUCACUUGAGUGAAAAAUUUUGUGUAACAGUAAGCAUAACAAUUAUAGAAACACAAUAUAUAAAUUCCAUAUGCAUUUACAUACAUAUAUUUAUACGCAUACACACACAUAAUUGCAUGAUUACGAUUAUGUAUAAGGAACUUUAUAUACAUAAAUCGAUAAUACAAUGAAGCUCAUAAAAAUAU